UGUCACUUCAGACGUUGGCACUUUCUAGAAUUUAAAAUUGAUAUACCGUAAUGCAUCGAUAUAUAAUUAGAUAAUUACAUGUACCCUCUGAUUCCACGCGUCAUAAGCUGUAACAAACUUAAGAGAUAAUGAAGCAGAAAUUUCAAAAUGAUAAAGACAAAAUGCACUGACGGGAACGUCUGUAUAGGAACCAUUUGAUUAAUCUCGUGAUGAGGACCUGACAGCAUCUUAAACAUUGCCGAGGAGUUCUGACUCACUGUUCAGAUAGAUACACGGCCUGACAAGAGCGGGUCAUCUAGCAAAACAAAGAAGUGGAUCUCAAAGGCCGAAAUUCCGCACGGGGAAUCGCAACACAUCUGAAGAAUGGUGUCGGCCAAACCAUUCAAGAAUCAGAAAUACCAACACAUAAAGAGAGAAUGCAUCAAGAAGAAAUCGCUGUUCAGGGACAGUGAGUUUCCACCAGAGGGCGCGUCCCUGUUCUUCAGCAAAGCGGCCCCGGGAGACAUAGUCUGGAAACGACCAGGGGAAAUAGUUUCCAAUCCGAGGUUUUUUAUUGACGGCAGUAAAGCAGACGACUUGUCGCAAGGUUCCCUGGGUAAUUGCUGGUUCGUGGCGGCGUGUGCGUGUAUCGCGGAAAGGAAGAAUCUUUUGAGAAAGAUUGUUCCCGACAUUGAGGAACAGGAUUGGGGUAGAGGUCGGAAGUAUGCUGGGAUAUUCCAUUUCAAGUUCUGGCAGUGUGGCGAAUGGGUCGAUGUCGUCAUCGACGAUUACCUUCCCACCCGUCAGGGGAGACUAAUCUUCAUGCACUCUAAAUCAAGAAACGAGUUCUGGACCGCACUUCUGGAGAAAGCAUACGCCAAAUUAUUUGGUGAUUACGAGUCAUUGGUCGCCGGGAAAGCGAAGGAUGCUAUGGUGGACAUGACUGGGGGCGUGGCCGAGGGUAUAGAAAUCAAGGACUACAACGCGGAGGAAGGGAGGAAAAAGCUAUUCAAGAUUCUGCGUAAAUCUAAAGAGGAUAAAUCUCUGAUGAGCACAUCCAUCGCUGCCACUGGGAAGGAGAUGGAGGAAAAGCUUGCCUGUGGGCUAGUAAAGGGCCACGCCUACAGCGUGACUGACGUACGAAAGAUAAAGUUAGGAACAGGACUAAAAUCCAUUUUCAGCAGAGAGAAAAUCCAUAUGAUUCGAUGCCGCAAUCCAUGGGGCGGUAUCGAAUGGAAGGGGGCGUGGAGUGACGGGUCCCCAGAGUGGAAGAAAGUGAGCGACGGUGAAAAGAAGGAGCUAGGUCUUACUUGUGACGACAAUGGAGAAUUCUGGAUGUCAUUUGAAGAUUUCUGCCAGUAUUUCACCAGUAUAGACAUAUGCCACAUCAUCAACACGUCCCUGUUUUCGCUGUCCAAGACAUGGAAGGAAGGAAAAGUGGAAGGGGAAUGGAAGCGGAAUCGGAGUGGUGGGUGUGGGAACAAUGGAACUUUUCUAGAAAACCCACAAUUUAUGUUCGAGAUUACCGAUACGGCCGUGGAAGUCCUGGUGUCUUUGGAACAAUACGACAGACGCCGAGAGAAGGACCAAGGAAAGUCCAACUAUACCAUUGGUGUCACCAUCAUGAAAGCGGAUUUAAACCGGAAGUACAGAAUGCAUGAUAGACUAGAGCGAAUACAUUCCGGACCAUUUUCUAACGCCAGGAACGUGUUCGUCCGGGUUUCUCUACACCCCGGACGUUACAUCAUCAUCCCAUCGACCUUUGAUCCGGGUUGUUAUGGGAAAUACAUUCUUAGAAUGUAUUGCAGCAGUCAUCUAAAUCUUCGGGAACUGUGGUUAGACGAACCACCCCCUCCCACCGUGUGUGGCAUUCCAUCCAACCUCAAGAAACGAAGAACAUGCGCAACACAGGUCACUAUUGUAAAAGGUGAAGGGUUUCCGGGAAACGAUAACAAGGGAAGUAACAUGUAUUGUAAAAUCUCCUGUGAAGGUAAAGCUUAUAAAACAAAAGUAUGUAAGGAUACCUUAAAACCACAAUGGAAUGACAGAGCAACAUUUUACAGGAAAAAACCAGAAAUCGACAUCUUUAUUGAGGUGUGGCAUAGCAGUAUAAUAAAGGACGAGUUUCUUGGAGAGUGUGUGGUACCCAUGUCAGAGAACGCCACCUAUCGGGGUGGAAACACCAUCCGAAGGUUUGAUGUUAAAACCAAGAAGAACGGUGAUGGGACAGAGAAGAGAGAGGGCUACAUCUGGCUCAAGGUCCUUCACACUAAUGAAAUGGACACAGUCUGAUAAAACGAUACUUUACACUAAUGAAAUGGACAGAGUUUGAAAAAUGCUACUUUACACUAAUGAAAUGGACAGAGUUUUAAAAUAUGCUUUAUUGCACUAAUGAAAUGGACAGUGUUUGAAAAAUGAUACUUUACACUAAUGAAGUGGACUGAGUUUGAAAAAAUGCUACUUUACUCUAAUGAAAUGGACAGGGUUUGAAAUUUGUUAUUUCAUGAAGUACUUAAGAUUUUGUGUUUUUAUAAUUACUGAUGACGUGAUAUGACACGAGUGUUUGUAUAGUUGUCUGGGGCUGUAGAGUAUGGUGUCCGGAUAGGGCCAUUUGCAAAGGCGUGACUGCGCGUUAGUCACAACACGCCGUCACGCCAACAAGCAACGCGCUCUCACGCCAACAAGCAACGCGCCUUCGCGCUCUCACACCAACAAGCAACGCGCCUUCGCGCUCUCACGCCAACAAGUAACGCGCCAUCACGCCAACAAGCAACACGGCGCGAAGGUGUGUUGCUUGUUGGCGUGAGAGCGCGAAGGCGCGUUGCUUGUUGGCGUGACGGUGUGUUGUGACUAACGCGCAGUCACGCUUUUGCAAAUGGCCCUAUCCGGACACCAUAGUAGAGUAUGUUAACAAAAUAGAUACAUAUGAAUUCUACAUGCCGGUUCUUCUAUUCCUCAGCUGGGUAUGUGUGUGAAUGUAAGGAGUGUUUAUUUUUGUAUUUAUUUAUUGACUCUAAAUUUGUAUUCUAUUUAUAUAAAGUGUAUCAUAUACAAUAUUGAAUACCGGCUAACAAUCAAAAAUUUUCACGAGGUUUUGUUGUUCUUUUACCUGUUGUAAAUUUUUACGUUAAAUGUUUUAUUUAUUUUAAAGAUUUCCUUUGUUUCAAAAGACCUGUUGUUUUCUAAACUGAAACACAUUUGUUUUACCAUAUGUGAUUCUUUUGCAGAUUUAUACAUUAAAAUACAAAAAUAGACUAUUAAUUAAAAAUAGUGUUAAGGAUUCAACGUUAAAGACGUUUUAAAGCUUUUUACUUUUCUUAUUCAAUUGAAACUGUAAUUUAUGUCUGAAUAUUAUAUUUCAUUUAUGUAUUAUA